AUGCAGCGAUACUUCAUCAAACAAGGAACUGUUGAAGUCCUAAUUAUUAUUCUUGCCAAACUUCAGGCUGUGGGAGUGCCAGAGUCAUCCAUCCACCUUAUUGGGGUGAGCCCUGGAGCACACGUUGGGGGUCUGGUGGGCCAGUUCUACAAAGGCCGUCUUGGAAGAAUUACUGGUCUGGAUCCCGCUGGGCCAAAAUAUACCAGAGCCAGCCCUGAGGAGUGCCUUGAUCCUGGGGAUGCUCUCUUCGUGGAAGCAAUUCACACAGAUUCGGAUAAUUUUGGUAUCCAGAUACCUGUGGGCCACAUUGAUUACUACCUUAACGGAGGGAAAGAUCAGCCUGGAUGUCCCCAUUUCAUAUCAUCUGGCUACCGCUAUCUGAUCCGUGACCAUGUGAGAGCUGUGCGUUUCUAUAUCAGCGCCUUGAAUGAUUCCUGCCCCGUGAUGGCUUUCCCUUGCUCCAGUUAUAAGAAUUUCUUAGCCGGCCAUUGUUUAGAUUGCUUCAGUCCCUUCUUGCCCUCCUGCCCCACAGUCGGAAUCUGA